AUGUCUGCUGCGUCCGGAAUAGGUGUCUCCAAAGAACUAUCUGAUACUUUCUCUGCUGCAGUGGAAGGAAAAACGCUUGUGCCAAAGGGUACCACUGAUAUCGAAGGUGCAACACUAGAAGACGAUCUUGAGAAGCUACAAAGUCUGCUCGAGGACAACGAACCUACAUAUGUGCUUGCGCGCAUCGGACCGAACGAUGGUUGGUUAGCGAUCUCGUACGUCCCAGACACAGCCAGCGUACGAGGUAAAAUGUUGUACGCCUCGAGCCGCGCGACGCUUAUAAGGCACCUCGGCUCGACGCAUUUCACAGACAAUCUCUUCGCGACAUCCAAAGCGGACCUCACGCCAAAAGCGUAUGCUGCACACAAAGCUCAUCAUGCGGCUCCUCAACCUCUCUCCGCCCGUGAACAGGAAAUCGCUGACGCGCGUGCUGCGGAACGUGCUUCUGGUGCCGUUUACGAAGGGAGUAGCACCAGGCGUAAUCAUCUUGGGACGGUUGUAGGUAUGCAGUGGAGUGAAGAUGCAGAGAAAGCGGUUAGAGACUUGGGAGAGGGUGAUAGGAGCUCACUCGUUCUUCUCAGUAUAGAUAGUUCAGAGACGCUCGUGUUGUCAUCCGCUUCGAAGUGUAAGGUGGAAGAAUUAGCCGGACGGAUCCCUGCAACGGACCCUUCAUAUGCAUUCUACGCAUGGUCUCACAACCACGGCACUCCAUCUCCAAGGCGAGACAUAAUUUUCAUCUACGCCUGUCCCUCAUCCUCCCCAGUCAAGAGCCGCAUGCUCUACUCCUCUGGAGCUCGAGCACUAUACCACGUCGCCAAGAGCUCACUCCUACCAUCCCCAUCUGAGUCCUCACCAUCUGGCCUCGUCGAACGUAAGAUAGAGACCUCCGAGCCCUCAGAACUCACUGAAGAGUUCCUCGUCUCCGAGCUCGGACUGAGUUCUGAUAACUCGAAGAACACAGAGACGAGCCCGACCAAGGUGAGUAGUGUGGAGAGAGGAUUUGCAAGGCCUAAAGGACCUGGGAGGAAACGUUAGAGUAAAGACGAGAGCAGGUGGAGAGAUAGACGAAAGCAUUUCUUGUACCGUUUGUUGCAUUGUAGCUUGGUUGUAAAAUAAAUCGCAUGCAC